AGCGAUAAACCCGAAAACUGAAGGACACCCCCAAAAGUAAAAGACGCAGAUACGAAAAUGCAGAGAGCUCUCACUCUCAAACGCUCACUCCAAUCCCUCCUCCCCAGAAAUCUCACUCCCACCGUUAAAAACCCAACACGCCGUGCAUUCUGCAAUGCUCCACCACCACCCACACCCUCGCCGUCGCCGGCAUCAGCCUCCGAGCUCCGCAAGUACAUGGGCUACACAGCCCUCGUGUUAUUCUGCGGCGCCGCCACCUACUACUCCUUCCCAUUUCCCGACGACGCCAAGCACAAAAAGGCUCAAAUCUUCCGCUACGCCCCUCUCCCCGAGGAGCUCCACACCGUCUCCAACUGGAGCGGGACCCACGAGGUCCAGACCCGGGUUUUCCACCAGCCCGAGACCCUCCAGGAGCUCGAGAAGGUAGUCAAGGAGGCCAACGAGAACAAGUACAGAAUUCGCCCCGUCGGGUCUGGACUGUCCCCCAAUGGGAUUGGGCUGUCCAGGGCUGGGAUGGUCAAUUUAGCCCUCAUGGAUAAGGUUCUGGAGGUGGAUAAGGAGAGCAAGAGAGUCAGAGUGCAAGCUGGGAUCAGGGUCCAGCAGUUGGUUGAUGGGAUUAAGGACCAAGGCCUUACUCUGCAAAACUUUGCCUCCAUUAGGGAGCAGCAGAUUGGUGGCAUUGUCCAGGUGGGUGCACAUGGUACUGGUGCCAGGCUGCCGCCAAUCGAUGAGCAGGUGAUCAGCAUGAAAUUGGUCACUCCUGCUAAAGGAACGAUAGAAGUCUCCAAGGAGAAAGAUCCGGAGCUGUUUUAUUUAGCUCGCUGCGGCCUGGGCGGUCUUGGAGUUGUUUCCGAAGUUACCAUCCAAUGUGUUGAGAGACAGGAGCUUGUGGAGCACACUAUUGUUUCUAACAUGGAAGAAAUCAAGAAAAAUCACAAGAAAUUGCUUUCUGAGAACAAACAUGUGAAGUAUCUCUAUAUUCCAUAUACCGACACUGUUGUGGUUGUAACGUGCAACCCUGUCUCUAAAUGGAAAGGUCCGCCUAAGUUCAAACCAAAAUUCACAGCGGAUGAAGCCAUUCAGCAUGUUCGUGAUCUAUACAGAGAGAGCCUCAGGAAGUACAGAGUAGUUCCAGACAACAGUGUAGAUAUAAAUGAGCUCUCUUUUACAGAGUUGCGUGAUAAACUCCUUGCCCUAAAUCCUCUCAACAAAGAUCAUAUCGUGAAAGUGAAUCAAGCUGAGGCAGAGUUCUGGACGAAGUCUGAGGGAUACAGAGUAGGAUGGAGUGAUGAAAUUCUGGGCUUUGAUUGUGGUGGCCAACAGUGGGUUUCGGAGACUUGCUUUCCAGCUGGAACCAUUGCCAAACCCAGCAUGAAAGACCUUGAAUACAUUGAAGAUCUAAAACGGCUAAUAGAGAAAGAAGAGAUCCCUGCACCUGCUCCAAUAGAGCAGCGUUGGACAGCCAGCAGUAAGAGCCCCAUGAGUCCAGCUUCAAGCUCAAGAGAGGAUGAUAUAUUUUCAUGGGUUGGCAUAAUCAUGUAUCUUCCAACAACAGAUGCCCGCCAAAGAAAGGAUAUUACAGAAGAGUUUUUCCACUACAGGCAUCUAACCCAGAUACGGUUGUGGGAUACGUAUUCUUGUUAUGAACACUGGGCCAAGAUUGAGGUUCCAAAGGACAAAGAACAGCUUACCGCUUUACAGGCAAGGCUAAGGAAGCGUUUUCCAGUCGACGCCUACAACAAAGCACGAAUGGAGUUAGACCCAAACCGAAUUCUUUCAAACAUUAAGCUGGAAAAGCUUUUCCCAUCGUCUGAUGCCAUUUAAGAUGCAUAUCCUUUAUUCGUUAGUUUAUGUUUGAUUUGAUUUUGUUUCUUGUUUUUUUGUUUUUGUUUUGUUGUUGUGUGCUUUUCUUCUAAUCUGUUGCUCAAAUUGGCCUUUAUUUAAGGUAUUGUCACUAUGUAUAGAUAGAAGAUCUUUCUAUACGAUGUGGUGUAAUAAUAAAGCUUACGAGACAUGAUGGAUAGGAGAGGCCUUGUUAUACUGACCCUCGACUUUUGUUCUCAUGCCGAGGCAAGCAUGGGAAAGGUCAUUCUGUCGUUGUCAUGAUAACAACUAUAAUCAAUGUUUUAAAAAACUCAUUUUAAUGCUCGACUGAGGUUUAAAAAGCU